CUCGCAUUCCUGAUGGCUACUUUAUGAAACAACUGUACAAAAUUGAACCACACUGUACCGGAGGUGAUCCAGGCGUUCUGUGUUCAAGUUUCCGCUGAAAUCCAGAAAGAAAUUUCCAAUUCUGACAUGGCGUCCACUCCUAAGAUCAACAUUCCUCUGCCACCGGACCCUGCUUGCCUUUCCAGAUGCGAUAUAUCUGGUUGAUGCCAUUGAGGGUGGAGAUACACUUGUGAAAGCCUGUAAGCCAGCACUUGAAUCAAGUUACAUCACUAAAGUUAUUCAUGACUGCAAAAGGGAUAGUGAGGCAUUGUACUUUCAAUUUGGCAUUAAGUUGCAUAAUGUUGUGGACACCCAGAUUGCUUAUUCUCUGAUCAAGGAGCAAGAGGGACAUAAAAGAGUUCCAGAUGACUACAUAUCAUUUGUUGGACUGCUUGCUGACCCUCAAUUUGGUGGCAUUUCAUAUGUUGAGAAGGAAGAAGUCCGCAUCCGCCUGAGGCAGGAUCCCAACUUCUGGACCUAUAGGCCAUUGUCUGAACUAAUGGUCCGUGCAGCUGCAGAUGAUGUCCGUUUUCUUCUGUUUAUUUAUCAUAAGAUGGUGGAGAAACUAAAUGAGAGAUCCUUAUGGUAUCUUGCUGUUCGUGGUGCACUUUAUUGUCGUUGUUUUUGUACCAAUGACAGUAAUUUUGCAGAUUGGCCUGCACUACCUCCAGUUCCAGAAAAUCUGAUUGCUGAUGACAAUGCCCCAGAGGAAGAAAACCUGUAUGUCCUCGAUAUUCCACAUGGCAAAAUGGGAUGUGUUAUUGGAAAACGAGGAGCUAAUAUCUUGUCCGUAAAGGAAUCGUGCAGUGCUGAAAUAUUUUUCGGAGGUGACAAGGGUCCCCCUGACAAGGUCUUCAUUAUUGGCCCCGUUAAGCAAGUUAGAAAAGCCGCAGCCAUGCUAAGGGGCAGAAUGCUGCAAAUUUACUAGAACAUGUCAUGUAAAUAAUGGUCCACAGUUAAGAUCUUAAUGUUUACUCGCCAGAAGCGCCAAAUCAAGUUCCCAUCUUUGAUGUAUACUGGAAAAGCUUAUGUAUCAAAUAUUUAGACCGAAGUUCCCAUCUUUGAUGUAUACUGGAAAAGCUGCUGUAUCACAUAUUUAGACCG